GGGCGGAGGGCAGGGUUGAAAGCCGUGCCUUUGAAACCAAAUCAAACGUGUCCAUUAAAAAAGCAACUCGGGAGAGUUUUUUUUCCAUCUGCAGAGCGUGGAGGUGGCUGGGAUCCCACACCUAGAUUAAUGGGACGCCUCUCUUCUCUUUGGAAGCCCACUUGGGCACGAAAGUUGGGGCGACGCACUGCGCCGCCUGCGCCCGAAGGUCGGACUCCUGCGAGAGCCGACGGAGGCCUCGCUCGGAAACACCAACCCUUGGGAGCGUGAACGGUGGACAGCUAGUCCCCUAAUCCUUACGCGCCUAGUAGCUGCAGCCACUGUUCAGCCAACAGCGAGUCCCAGCCGGACCGCAGUUAUCGCUGUACGAAACGGGGGCGGGACAGGACAGGACGGGACAGGACGGGACAGCUCCCUGCAGGGCGGCAAGGGAAGGUGUCCUGCUGGCAGAAGGUCCGCUUCCUGCUCCUCCUCUUUCGGCUGUCGCUUCAGCCGGGUGCCUCUCCGGGCGAAGCAGAAGCCGAGCGCGCAAAUAACUGAUGAGGGUAAAAGAUCCAUCCAAGGUUACCCAUGAUAAAAAUAAGAGACAAAAAAAGUCAAAUCAGCAUCAGGAUGAAGAUUCCUCUGAUGAUAUUACAGGACUGACAUGCCAGCAUGUGAGCCAGGCAGUUGAUGUCCAUCAUGUGAAGCGGGCAGUAGCACAAAAUGUUUGGUCAAUAUGUUCAGAGUGCUUAAAGGAAAGAAGAAUAUACAAUGGUGAGCCAGUAAUGCCUUCUGAUAUAUGGCUCUGUCUCAGAUGUGGCAUUCAGGGCUGCGGUCAAAAUUCAGAAGGCCAGCAUUCUCUGAAGCACUUCCAGGCUACACAGGCAGAAUCUCAUUGCAUUGUAAUCAAUCUUAGCACAUGGAUCAUAUGGUGUUAUGAAUGUAAUGAGGAGCUCUCAACACAUUGUAACAAAAAGGCUUUGACACAGAUUGUUGACUUCCUCCAAAGGCAUGUUACUAGGAAUGAAUCAAGUUCAUCAUCAAAAAUUAUAUGGCUACAUGAAGAAAAUAAUGAAGCAAAUGACGUAUUAAGGGGAAAAGGCCUCGGUCCCAGCUGGGCAUCUGUUCCUGUUAAAGGCAUUAAUAACUUAGGGAACACAUGUUUCUUUAAUGCUGUAAUGCAGAACUUGGCACAGACACACAUGUUAAAUGAACUAAUGUGCGAAAUAAAAGAAAAGGGGACAAAGCUAAAAAUAGCUCAAAGCCCAACAUCUCAACUGGAUCCGUUGGUAGUGAAUCUUUCAAGCCCUGGGUCUCUGACAUCAGCUAUGCUCCUGUUCCUUCAUAGCAUGAAAGACUCUGGGAAGGGUCCUCUUUCUCCUAAAAUUUUGUUCAACCAGCUCUGUCAGAAGGCCCCUCGGUUUAAGGGAUUUCAACAGCAGGACAGCCAGGAGGUCCUCCACUACUUGUUGGAUGCAAUGAGAAUAGAAGAAACAAAGCGCAUACAAGCUGCAAUCCUAAAAGCAUUUAAUAAUCCAACAGCUAAAACAGCAGAUGAAGAAACCAAAAGAAAAGUCAAAGCAUAUGGAAGAGAGGGUGUGAAGAUGAACUUCAUAGAUAGGAUUUUUGUGGGUGAAUUGACCAGCACUAUCAUGUGUGAGGAAUGUGAAAAUAUUUCGACAGUAAAGGAACCUUUCAUUGAUCUUUCACUUCCUAUAAUAGAAGAGAGGAUCUCAAAACCUGUUUCUUUUGGAAGGACAAGCAAAGGUAAACAAAUACAAGAAGCAGAUAUUGAUCGAUUCAGCUGUUCUUCUAUUACUGCUCUGACUAAUCAGCAAUCAAAGCUGUCUAGAAAAUGUUCAUUAACAAAGGACAAGAACCAAGUAAACCAUGAAAGAAGACUUGCCAAUAAAUCUUCUGGUGAAGAAGAAACAAGCCCUUUUAUUCUGCCUGGAAAAAUCAGAAACUCUAAAACAGAAGACAGAUCCAGUGCUUCAUGUGCAAGAGACAGCAGUGCCGUUUUGGAGUCUCCAGCAAACGGAAGUCAGACUGAAGGCAGUGAGAAAGAAGCCAGCCGUUCUGAAAGUAGCAUUGAUGCCGAUAGCGAGGCCUCCGAAAGUGAAAGCACUUCUAAACAAGUUACAGCCAAUAAAGCUUGUACCGCACCUGGUUUGUGCACUGAUGGACACAAACACUUACCUGCAAAUGCUAAAUUGCAAUACAGAAAAUCAAGCAAUAGCAGUACAGAGGCCCUUACUAGUGCCUUGUCAAAAUUUCACUUUGGAAGCACAGCCAUUGAGAGCGAAGGCCCUCUCAACUCCUUUUCAAGCCUGUCGAAGAACAUCGCCUUUUCAACAGAGAUGCAAAACCCUCAAAAUGCUUUUCAGACCCUUUCUCAGAGUUAUGUUACUAGUUCUAAGGAAUGUUCAGUUCAGUCAUGCCUCUAUCAGUUUACCUCUGUGGAGCUGCUAAUGGGAAACAAUAAGCUGCUGUGUGAAAAUUGUACAGAUCAGAAGCACAAACACCAGAAAAAAGCAAAUUCCACAGAUAAGAAGACAGAUGGUGUGUAUACAAAUGCUAGGAAGCAGCUGCUGAUUUCUUUGGUUCCUGCUGUUCUCAUCCUCCAUCUGAAAAGAUUUCAUCAGGCUGGCGUGAGUCUAAGGAAAGUAAACCGACAUGUAGAUUUCCCACUUGUUUUGGACCUGGCUCCAUUUUGCUCUGCCUUUUGCAAGAAUGUGACAGAUGGUGGGAAGGUCCUGUAUGUGCUUUAUGGAAUAGUGGAGCACAAUGGCUCAAUGCGAGGAGGUCAUUACGCAGCAUAUGUAAAAAUCCGAACAUCAUCCAAAAAACAUUUGGAGCACAAUUCUAGCAAUAAAAAUGUUCAAGGUUUAAAAGAAUCUCCAGGAUCAGCUGUAGGACAGUGGGUGUACAUCAGUGACACCUAUGUACAAGCAGUCCCGGAAUCAAGAGUAUUAAAUUCACAAGCCUAUUUGCUUUUCUAUGAAAGAAUUCUCUAGACAUGCUCAGUGUGGAAAACAGGGAAGCGAUGAGUAUUAUUAACAGUUAUUGAAGUGCAGCAGAACAUUACAAUAUAUGUAAAUGUUGUGCCUUUAUCUGUUCCUGUUCUCCAGUACAAAAUAUAUCCUGGUUUCAGACUCUGCAAACCAUGGCUUGGAUGCAGAAAAGCCCAUGCAUGCAUUAUUUUCUUUCUCUCUUUCAUACAUACAUACAAAAAUAUAGUAGGGUGGCUAACAUUUCUGUUCAGUUGCUGUUUCAGAAGAACCCAUAGCUUCAGAUGCUUUUAUGAAGAGGUGAGGGCACAGACUCCAUUGAAAUGGAAAUUAAUAAAACAUUUACAUAUGUGAUUGGAAGGAGAUUGUAUGUAUGUAUGUAUGUGUAUAUGUAUAUGUUAUAAACAUACACGCACACGCACACACACACACACACGAAUGAAUGAAUUCGAGCAGACAUUGAUUCUGAACUCCUAAAAUGUAAUGUGAAAUACUGCAUUCUGAAACUGAAUAGUGAUGUUUCAAAAUGGUUUAGCUAAAAUCAGUGUGCUUUUUAAAAAGUUAAUUGCAGAAACAAUGUUGGUAAGACUGAUAACCUGAUUUUUCCUUAGUGAAGAAAGACUGUUUAUGGGCACCAAAGCAUGCUUUUGUAAAAUAUUUGCACUUGAAUAUUCUUGAAAGCAGUGAUUCUUAUAAAUUUAACAUGUUCCACAAUGGGAAGUAGUAAUUUCAGGAAACAAAAAGGUCAUUCUACAAAACUAGGAUACUAUGUUCUGUGUUCUAAAGGGAAAGUGGGAGUAUACCCAGACCUGAUUUCACUCCAGUGUGCUUUUCUGUAUUUGAAUAUGCCUUGAAAUCUGAUGAUGUUACAUGUGGAAACUUUAUCAGAAAGCAAGUUAAACAGACAUUCUUCCUGGGGUGUGCUGGCUUUCAAAUUUAGUGAAGCCCAAAUCACCUCUGAAUCCUCCAUACUUGCACUGUGAAGCUGGAGCAAGUCAUACUUUUUCAAUAUUCUCCAUAUAAAUAUAUUGGCAAAUAAAUGCAUGCUUUCUAGUGAAGAGAUUACUUUCUCUGACAUUGAAAGACAGUAUCAUGCAGAACAAGUCUCAGGGGUACAAGUAUGUGUAUAUAUGCUUUUAUUUAAUGCACACUAUAGUGACCCUGUUUCUACAAUAGUCUUAAUUAGAUCAAGAAGGGAGUUAGUAAGCUAUGGAAUACCUUCAAGGAAAAGUUAAAUUAACUCCACCCAAUCAUAGUGUGGGGAAUAUCUAAAGAUAAUCAGUUGACUUGCCUACUUAAUCCUUCAAGAAAAAGAGCAGAAGGCAAAGAGUAAGUGAAAAAGCAACCUUCUCAAUGACAGAACUCAUUUCUAAGGCUCAACAACAUAUAAUGUACCUCCCAAACACUGGUUAGCUGCAGUGUUCAAGCCAGCCUAACCAAUGGGGAAGGGGAUAGCGAUGUAAUGACACUUUACUAGUACUCCUGAUGUACUAUGUAUUUCCCGGAAAAAGUAUGUUGGACUCUGUAUGUUACAAAUGGUUAUUUGUGACCUGGUUAGGGUGAUUGGGUGUUGCCAGAAGACCAUUUGAAUGGGUUAGAGAAUGACAGUAAAGUAUGUAGAAACAGGACUGUUGAAUUAAAUAUUGUCUAACUUCAAAGAAAGCUACAUUUUCCUAAAAGAUUUGAUCUUUUUUUGUCUUUUACAUUAUGUACGUUGAUAUUCUUGAGUGGUUUUCUAUUAAAAAUAGGUAUUGGGGUGUCCAACUGUAUGUGAUUAAGAUGACUUAAAUAGAAUCAGCUCUCAGGUCUUUGUUGUGAUUAUCAAUACAUUGUUUUAUUUUUAUAUAUUAAAGAACUGUACAAUUA